AUGCCCGAUGCAGCCUCGAGGGCAACUGAGGCGGUGUUCGUAUCGGACGCAAGGCUGGGAGGCGACGGUGUGUUCGUUGAAGCAGCCUUUUAUGCUGGAGGUUCCCCUCCACCCCCCGGUUUCCUCGUCUUUCAUCGUCUUUCAUCGUCUUUCAUCGAAACAGAAGCGCGGCAAGAUAACAACCCCUGUCUUGCUGGGCUCGAUGAAUUCCUUUCCGAACCCAACUCAGACCGGCGAAGAUGUCGGAUUCUGCAGCUGGACUUUCCGCCCGAUACGGAAGGUGCUGACCCUGCACCUGCCUUCCAAGAUGUCGGCCACGAAAACUUGCGACAGAGCGUCGACCCCGCCGGAGAAGUUGGGAGGCGUCGCAUUCUGAUCAUCGAAGACUUACAACCAGAGAUCAUUUUAACGUUGGGAAAUGCGCACCACAUCGACCCUGUAUUCUUUGCGUCGCACCUACACGCCCCAUUUCGACAGAUUAAAACCCAGACGCCGAACCUCGCGACGCUGCCCUCGCGCAUACGGUACCAGAAUUUCAUCAACUUCCACUACCAUCGAGCGGUCGAGCUCAGGGGUCCCAUCGAGAAUGAACACCGCUUAACGAGGGAUAUGAAUGUCAAUCGGAAGAUUGCGGUGCUGGUCCCAACUGAGGAUACUCGCAUCGCGCUUGUGCAGCACGCAUGCUCUGUGAUUUUGCUCAAUGAUCGCACAGGUCCGGGGUGGUUAUGUGUCAUUCUUGUCGACAGCCCUAUCUCCAAGGAUUACAUCCCCGUGGUAUAUGACAAACAGAGGGAAGACGGCAAGCCGGGCCGCAUUGACUCGAGACUUUUCCUCGAAGGAUACGAGGAUUUUAUGCCACCCUCACCUAUACCCCUCGAUUUCGAGAGCACCCUUUGGAGGCCGCAACUUUCGCGAGAAAGUCUUCUGGAGGACAUCGGGUACUACUGGCGCCGAGAGGUACCAGAGCAUUUCGAUUCGACCAAGCCCACACUCUUCGCACUCACCUAUUACCCUCUCAGGAUUAUCGCCGCGGAGUGGAACAACUAUAUGGCUGCCAUGAGCUACCAUAUCAAGAGACACGAGUACGCCGUGGAGAAGUUUAAUGAACCCGUCUCCGAGCUCGACAAACUAUAUGCGGAUCUCCGCAUCCUCCAAGUAUGGCGCCGGCGAAGCCUAGCAUCGCAACAGAAGAUCGCGGCAAUUGAGCAUUUCGUAGCCUUGAACACACCAUCGCAAUCUAGCGAUUCUGACGAGUCCCUCGAAAACGCGAAUAUCCUCCAGGAGGACUUUCGUCAUCUCGCGUCAACUUUGAAUGACCUUUCCCGCCGAUUGAGGAAUAUGCUCCCCGUCGUGACGUCCUUGGUCCAAAUAUCCGACAGCCGUCGAUCGCUCGCGGAGUCGGCCAAUGUCAAUAGGCUGACGUCCUUAGCAAUUGUCUUUGCGCCGUUGUCAUUUACGACCGGUUUAUUCAGCAUGGACGAUAGCAACGGGCCAGGAGGCUCACACUUCUGGGUAUUCUUCGCCGUUGCAAUCCCCAUCACGCUGGUCGUGUUCCUUGUCGCGAAACCGCCAAGAUGGCUUUUGCGCUGGGCUCUGAAACCUAGCAGGGCAUCAACUCGAAGCACUCAGAUGCAAGUUUGA